AAGAGCCAGAAGCGCGAGGGAACGAGCGACCGUAGUCCUUUCUAAUAUAGCAAAAUUCCUUCACACCCGCCCAAAUUUGACCUUUUUAACUUUAAUCUCCGUUUCUUCUCUUGCUCUAGCAAUUUAGAUCUAAAUUUUAAUAGCCAAAAAGAGAACAUUUUCAUUUUCAUUUUUCAAUUUUUACUUUUUCAUGGUAUAUUCAAAAGUUCUAAUGUGAAAAGGUUUUAAUUGAGUUAACUCGUGGAGGAUAAUCAGCGGCUGAGUCAAAGAGGCUAUGGCAGGAACGAGUGACUCAGUUUCUGUCAAGGUUCCUUACAGGAACUUAAGGAAAGAUUCGGAGGUUGAAAUGAUCGACGAUCCAUGUCAUAGUCGGAUCGAUCUAAAUUCGUCUCCUGGCUCUCCUUCAACUUCUGCUUCGCCGCCUUCGGCUAGUUUUCCCAACGGAAACUCUAACUUAUCGUCGCCGAUCCACGUUAGAUCUAAGGAUUGUAGCUUGAUAACUCUCGCUCUUAGUUGUACGAUCGCCGCCGGGGUUCAAUUUGGUUGGGCUUUGCAACUAUCGCUAUUGACACCUUACAUUCAGACACUUGGAAUAGAGCAUGCUUUUUCUUCGUUCAUUUGGCUCUGUGGUCCAAUAACUGGUCUUGUGGUUCAACCUUGUGUCGGUAUUUGGAGUGAUAAAUGCACUUCAAAAUAUGGAAGGAGACGGCCUUUUAUCCUUGCUGGAUCACUCAUGAUCUCUCUUUCUGUGAUAAUAAUCGGAUUUUCUGCAGACAUUGGAUACAUUUUAGGUGAUACAAAGGAGCAUUGCAGUACGUUUAAAGGUACACGAACGAGGGCGGCUUUUGUCUUUGUUAUUGGAUUCUGGAUGUUGGAUCUUGCUAACAAUACAGUGCAGGGACCAGCUCGUGCCCUUCUGGCUGAUCUAUCAGGUCCUGAUCAGCACAAUUCUUCAAAUGCCAUAUUUUGCUUAUGGAUGGCUGUUGGAAACAUCUUGGGGUUUUCGGCUGGUGCUAGUGGGAGUUGGCAUCGGUGGUUUCCUUUCUUGGAAAGUAGAGCUUGCUGUGAAGCCUGUGCCAAUCUUAAGGCAGCAUUUCUUGUCGCUGUUGUAUUUCUCUUCUUUUGUACUGCUGUGACUAUAUUGUUUGCUAAGGAGGUUCCGCUUCCACCGCCAGCAAACGAGUCGACCCAUUUAUCUGAUUCUGCACCUUUGUUGGAUGAUUCCACACAAAAUGGCUUUCAACACUCAAAUUCAAAAUCUGAUGUGUCCGCUGUUGCCAAUGCUAACAGAAGCACUGCUGAAAAUGGAUAUGAGCGAGUGUCAAAAUUGAGACAUUCUAACUCAAAAGAUACAAAUGUUCAAAAUGAAGUUUUCAGUGAUGGGCCUGGAGCCGUAUUGGUCAACUUAUUAACCAGUUUAAGGCAUUUACCACCUGCAAUGCACUCGGUUCUUAUUGUUAUGGCUCUCAGUUGGCUUUCCUGGUUCCCAUUCUUUUUAUUUGAUACGGAUUGGAUGGGAAGAGAAGUAUUCCAUGGUGAUCCAAAAGGGAAUGCUGCUGAAAUAAAGUUGUAUGAUCAAGGUGUCAGAGAAGGUGCAUUUGGUUUGCUAUUAAAUUCUGUUGUUCUGGGGGUUAGUUCAUUCUUUAUUAGACCUAUGUGUCAACGGAUGGGGUCAAGACUUGUUUGGGCAACAAGCAACUAUACUGUGUUUGCCUGUAUGGCCAUUACAGCUAUCAUUAGUUUGGUAUCUGUCAAAGAAUAUACUCAAGGGAUCGAACAUGUAAUUGGUGGGAGUGCAGCAAUCAGGAUUGCUGCCUUGGUUGUUUUCACCCUUCUUGGCUUUCCUCUAGCUAUUACCUAUAGUGUUCCAUUUUCUGUUACAGCAGAGUUGACUGCAGAUUCUGGUGGUGGCCAAGGAUUGGCAAUUGGAGUUUUGAACCUUGCAAUUGUCAUUCCACAGAUGAUUGUAUCUCUUGGUGCGGGUCCAUGGGAUGCUCUAUUUGGUGGAGGAAAUAUACCGGCCUUUAUUUUGGCUUCCUUCUGCGCUCUGGCUGCAGGGGUUAUUGCAACUCUUAGGCUGCCUGAUCUGUCAAGUUCCUUCAAUUCAUCUGGUUUUCAUUUUGGAUAAGGAUUAAAAUGGCCUAAAUUGGGUGACCACCACUCUGUAUAUUAUACUUGGCAACCAUGAAAAUACUGCCAUUUGAUUUCAGGGGAUGACUCUAACAUGAUUUGUAGGUAUAUUUUUUCAUAUUAAAAUCUAUGCAUAUUAUGUAUCCAGAUUCAUUCAUUCCCCAACUUCGUUGGCACUUGUACUUUAUGCAGAGUGUAAAUUUCGAGUUAGCAUAUUGAAAAAUAUAUACAUACUCAGGAUUAUCGGUGUCUUAUGUA